UCUGCCUGGCUGUGUGGCGGAACCACCACAUGAGGACAGUCACCAACUACUUCAUUGUCAACCUGUCCCUGGCAGAUGUGCUGGUGACGGCCAUCUGCCUGCCUGCCAGCCUGUUAGUGGACAUCACCGAAUCGUGGCUCUUCGGCCAUGCCUUGUGCAAGGUCAUUCCCUAUCUCCAGCAUCCUGCCAGAUAGAUGAUAUAUUCCCAUUCUGCAGAUGAGGCUCAGAGAGAGCUGUGUCGGUGUCAGUGGCAGUGCUGACUCUCAGCUUCAUCGCCCUGGACCGAUGGUAUGCCAUCUGCCACCCACUGCUGUUCAAGAGCACAGCUCGCCGUGCCCGUGGCUCCAUCCUGGGCAUCUGGGCUGUGUCGCUGGCUGUCAUGGUGCCCCAGGCCGCUGUCAUGGAGUGCAGCAGUGUGCUGCCCGAGUUAGCCAAUCGAACCCGGCUCUUCUCUGUCUGUGAUGAGCACUGGGCAGAUGAACUUUACCCCAAGAUCUACCACAGCUGCUUCUUCAUUGUCACCUACCUGGCCCCACUGGGCCUCAUGGCCAUGGCCUACUUCCAGAUCUUCCGCAAGCUCUGGGGCCGCCAGAUCCCUGGUACCACAUCGGCCUUGGUGCGGAACUGGAAGCGGCCCUCAGAGCAACUGGAGGCUCAGCACCAGGGCCUGUGCACAGAGCCCCAGCCCCGGGCCCGAGCCUUCCUGGCCGAGGUGAAGCAGAUACGAGCUCGGAGGAAGACCGCCAAGAUGCUGAUGGUGGUCCUGCUGGUUUUUGCACUCUGUUAUCUGCCCAUCAGUGUCCUCAAUGUCCUUAAGAGAGUGUUCGGGAUGUUUCGCCAAGCCAGCGACCGGGAAGCCGUCUACGCCUGCUUCACCUUCUCCCACUGGCUGGUGUACGCCAACAGUGCCGCCAACCCUAUCAUCUACAACUUCCUCAGUGGCAAAUUCCGGGAGCAGUUCAAGGCUGCCUUCUCCUGCUGCCUGCCUGGUCUGAGUCCCGGCUCCUCUGCCAGACACAAGUCCUUGUCCUUGCAGAGCCGCUGCUCCGUCUCCAAAGUCUCUGAGCAUGUCGUGCUGACCACCGUUACCACAGUGCUGUCCUGAGUGGGGCCGCUCCAGGCUCUGGGAGGCCUGAUCCUUUGCCUGGGACCCGCCUAGUUUGAAAGACUGUUACUGCUCAGUCAGAGGCUGUGGUUCCAGUCUUGGCUUUCUGCCUGAGUGACUUGGCCAGAGUCAUUCCCUUUCUGAGCUUGUGUCCCCUAAGCUGGGUGGAUGGGGGCUUAAGCGUGCUCAAGAAAGCAGAGAGCGUUGUAAACCUUCUAGCGCUGUGGACAUGGUUACUGUCAUCCCUGUCUCGUAUGGCUAUACCCUACAGUGUCACUUCACCCUAUCAGAGCUUGGCUUCCCUCCCAAAGACCUGUCUCCUACUCAAUCAUAUAGGCUUUCCCUGGCUGGAGUCUGCUCCAAAGGUCCCUACAGGCAUAUUCACCUGGCUCACCACCAGAAGCUUGGACUGCACACGGCCAGCUGCACCAGUGUAUCCCUGUGAACUAAUUUGGGUUCAGCCCUUCUCAGUGAGCUCUGAAGCGCGGUCCACCCUCUCCAGGUGUGGACUGCACACAGCAUAGGCUGGAUCUUGUUGGCACUGUGGAGUGCUUAAACACUCUCCAUGUGGCCGGUCAGCAUGGAGGCCAGCAGCCCGUAGCACUUGUAAUUAAAAGCCUGGCACUGAA